AUCAUGCCACCCGAUGGAGAGGAUAUGUUAGAUGAUUAUUAUGAGGAAGAGGACAAACCGACUCUUCCAGAACUUCCACAGCAACCACAACCAAACGCGCCCGCUUCUCUACAAGAGCCGCUAGAGCCAGAACGAACUGAAAAUCUUGAGGAACUUAUGUUUGCCCCAGUGCGGCAGAUCUUACUGGAGCACAGUUACGCACAGAUACCUGCCUAUUUAAAACAGCCUCCCAAGAGGCAUCGUGGAGUGUCUAUAGACUUGGAAAAGCCCAGCGACUUCCUCCAUAUCGACUUGGGCCAGCCUGUGCUGGAGGCCCCAGAGGAGGUCAUUUGCGUUGGAGGUGGCUUAGUACCCGGACUUGAGGCCAGGACAGGGUUCUUGGAAGUUGGUGACCUCCGUUUGUCAUCCAAGAAACCAGAGGAGACUACGGCCAAAGCAACUCAUGAGCAAUCUAAGAGUAAAAACCGGAAGAAGCAGCAACAAGCCAAGGAAGUGAUAGAGCCUGGGGAGGUAACAUCAGAUGAAGAUGAUGAGGAUGAGGAGGAAGAAGAGGAGGAAUUCUGGAUAACGACACGAGAGUUGAGGUCUCACAGGAACCGCCGUCCUUUAAUACCACCUUCCCCACCAAAAUACGAGGUGCGCAGCGAGUUUGAACAGAUGACCAUUCUCUAUGACAUCUGGAACAAUGGACUGGACACAGAAGACAUGUAUUUCUUGCGGGAAACCUAUGAGAGACUUCUUCAGGAGGACCACAGUACAGACUGGCUGAAUGACACCCACUGGGUUCACCAUACAAUCACCAACAUUGCUGACCCCAAGAAAAAACGGAACAAGCAAGAUGGUCUGCGGGAGCACCAGACGGGUUGUGCUCGCAGUGAAGGCUACUAUGCCAUCAGCAGGAAGGACAAAGACAAGUACCUGGAUGUGAUUCCUGUAUCCGUACGGGAACUGGACAGCGACUUGCAGGGUACAAACAGGGUGUUGUCUGAGCGCCGCUCUGAGCAGAGGCGCCUUCUCAAUGCCAUCGGCUCUUUCUCAAUAUUGGACAGCGACUUGCUAAAGCUCAACCAGCUGAAGUUCCGUAAGAAGAAGCUGAGAUUCGGCCGCAGUCGCAUUCAUGAGUGGGGUCUCUUCGCCAUGGAGCCCAUCGCUGCCGAUGAGAUGGUGAUUGAGUACGUUGGGCAAAACAUCCGUCAGGUUGUGGCGGACAUGAGGGAGAAGAGGUACGCUCAGCAAGGGAUCGGAAGCAGCUAUUUGUUCCGUGUCGACCAGGACACCAUCAUAGACGCCACCAAAUGUGGAAACUUGGCCAGAUUUAUAAACCACUGCUGCUCGCCUAAUUGUUACGCCAAAGUUAUCACCAUCGAGUCCCAAAAGAAAAUCGUCAUCUACUCAAAGCAAGCGAUCAGCGUCAAUGAGGAGAUCACCUACGACUACAAAUUCCCCAUCGAAGAAAACAAAAUUCCCUGUUUAUGUGGGACUGAAAACUGCCGGGGGACUUUGAACUAA